GACUUUCAGUGGCAAUUGCUCGCAUCAGAUGAUGUCAUCCAUACAAUUGACUCAACAUGGCCUAAGAUACCACAGUUCUGCCCAGAAUAACUUUUUCCUAUCAAUUGCCAUUGAGUAUACUGCUGCGCCCUCACUUGCCAGCUAAACAGAAAGGAGAACACUACAUGUACUCCUGACUAAGCAAAGGCUAUCGAUAUGGAAGAAGAAACAGCAACCGACGAUCCAUCCGAAACAGAUGGUAUCGACCACGUUUUAUCUAUCGGCUCAACAUUUCGUGAUCUCCAGACAGCAUACCUCAUCAUCAGCCUGGUACUGUCGGUAGGAUGCGGACUGUUAGUCAUUUUCUUGGUUUGGAAAAAAGAGCAUCUCAGAAAACCGAGUCACUUCCUUCGUUGUAAUUUGGCUGUGGACGACAUCAUCUUCACAAGCUGCAUGAUUCCCGUCCGAAUCUACGCACUUUUCCGUGAAGACGUCAGCGGGCAAUAUUUGAUGUGCUCGGGCAGAAUGCUGGUAGGGGCACCAUGUCUGGUAUCCACGUAUGGUACAUACCUCAUGAUGGCGGUAGAUCUGUACUAUUUUGUGUGCAAUCCCCUUCACUACCAUGACAAAGUCACCACAAAACGCGUGACUGUGGGCAUCGUGACCAUCAGAGCCUUCUCCUUUUUCUUUGGACUAGCGCCCGUGGCUUUCGGUGGACUGCGUUGUGAGGACGCAAACAAUGUAUCUGUCAUUUUCAGAAGAAUCAACCUGUUUCUCUUCUCAACUGCCGCUGUCUCCGUCCCAAUGCUCUACUGCCGCAUCUUUAAGGAGGCCAGGAGACAACAGGAAAGGGAUGAGAACCGCGACCUGUGGGUCUUCCAGACCAAGGCAUUCAAAAUGAUGGCGCCACAAGCUACUGUUUGGGCUAUUUCCGUAGCCACUGUCAUUUUCCAGGUGGCAAUAAGAGUUCUGAUCAGUGAAGAACAGAGGUCCCAAUACGUCCUGACUAUCCUUGAUCACGUGUCCUCUCUCCUGUACCUGACGGUAUCAUCCGUGGCCAACCCCAUCAUCUACAGCUUCCGGCUCCCAGACUUCCGUCGAGCCAUUAAGGAGCUGUGUGGACUGCCAACCAACAUCCCACCUGUGGUACUGGCCCCGCGGCAUCGGGACAUGGAGAUAGCCACUAUCACCGGUCUCAGGCAUCGGGCUCCGGCCACAGAACUGGCACCAGCUCAAACCUCUGGGGAAGGCCCGAAGACAACAGCAGAGGAUGUGUGUAUACCUUCUGACCAAGAAGAAAGCUUUCCAACACAGACAACAAAGGAAGGCAUGAGCCCAGGACUAGCACCUUCUACAGAAUGCAGUGGCCAUAAGACUGCUUCACAGAGACGACCAUUCCAGAUAACAGUAAAGGCAGAGGUACACGCUGAGCCAACAACAUGUCCUGGACAGGAUGUGGCGGGACUUCCCGGACAACUAAACUUGGAUGCCGAACCAACGGACGCCCCGACAUGUACGUCAACAGUGACCGCCGAGAUGGACAAGGCAACAGCAAGACACACUUUAAUGGCCCCACCUGCGCGUCCAAAGGUGGCGUGGCAGUGAAACAAAAGACAACCAUGAAAAAAGAGACACCGCAAGAAGGAACUCAAAGAAGAACGAAAAGAGACUGUUGAAAAAAUUGGUACAGUUGCAGAACUACCCAAAAAUAACUGUGUUCAUGCAAGUACAUUGCAACAUACAUCAAAAACACAUGUGAGAAAACUAUGAUAUUUGGACAAGGAGUAUGAUCAGUGCAGGAUAUCAUCACCAUCCAAAAGGACAGAGGUAGGCUUGUUUGUAUCAAUCCUUAAGACGUGUCUAUUUACUUAACAUCUACAGGGUAAAAUGGAAGGUUGUUUCAGCA